AUGAAGGUGUUACGCUGGACCUUCGCGAUCAUCGGUCAGUGGUUCCUUCUGCAGGCGGAGGGGCUGGAUAAGCAGGUGUCCAAGUCUCUGGACUUCCUGAGCCUGGACCCAGCUGGUUCUGUGUUAAAGAGUCUGCCCUACGGUGUGGGGAGGCUGGGACCAGGGGGCGGAGCUGGGCCAGGGGGCGGAUCCAGGCCAGCAGGGCGGGGCAGCCCGCCCUUCCACACAUCCCAGAUUUUCUCCAGUCUGGACGGCCCCGCCUCCAAAGCCAAACCCCCCAGCUACAGCCUGCUGAGCCCGUACGACUGGGCCCGGAACCAGUCCCUCCCCCUGGAGCAGACAGGGUACCGGUCCAAACGCAAGCCCCCACUGAAGACGGCGCUGAAGACCAAGAAGAUCUUCGGCUGGGGCGACUUCUACGUCAACAUCAAGACCGUCAAGUUCAGCCUGCUGGUGACGGGCAAGAUCGUGGACCACGUCAACGGCACCUUCAGCGUCUACUUCCGCCACAACUCGUCCGUCCUGGGCAACGUGACCAUCAGCAUCGUCCCGCCCUCCAAGGCCGUGACCUUCGACCCCGCCCCGCCCGACCCCGAGCUGCUGCUGCAGGAGCAGUCCACCCUCUACCCCAAGGAGCCCAAGACCUUCAACUGCCAGGUGGAGUACGAGAAGACUAACCGCGUGCGCAAGCCGAAGCCCUGCCUGUACGAUCCCUCGCAGACCUGCUUCCUGGAGCACACGCAGUCCCACACUGCCUGGCUCUGCGCCAAGCCCUUCAAGGUCAUCUGCAUCUUCAUCUCCUUCUUCAGCAUGGACUACAAGCUGGUGCAGAAGGUCUGCCCAGACUACAACUUCCAGAAUGAGCACCCCUACUUUGGCUGAGAGCAGGUUCCAGAGUGGGCGAUUUGCGAGUGAACCUAUAACGCUCAUACUCACACACUUUGCAAAGUGACUUUUUUUGUUGUUUGUUUUUUACUCCAAGGUGGGACGGACGCCCUUCUUGGCCACCCCAGCCAUUCUCCACAUUUUUGCUUUCGGUGUCCGGAUCGAUCCGCUACCCCCCUCCCUCUUUCACUAUGUAUUUAUUCCUUUUAUUGAUCGUCUG